AUGUCACUCCGGCCACCAGUAUCNACUACCGACAACAAAAAUGUCCCCGUCAACGGUUCGAUCUCUGCAAGUGUCCCGUCUUCUGUGUCCUUCCCGCAACCCAAUUUGUUUGCCGUCUCGAACGGUCACGAUUCCCGACCUGAAGCAUCAUCCUAUGUGUCCCCGGUUGAUAUUACCGGUCAUUUAUUUGAGCAAUACCGCCGAGCGCGGUGUACCGGAACUUUGGGCCCGCUAACCCCGCAAUCAGGUGAACAGAACCACCAAAUCUGUGGUCGAGCAAGAUUCGCACAACAGUCUACACCUGAUUGGGCUCACUCAUCCACUCGUCCGGCCUCAUUUCACCCCGUUCUACCGCAGCGGGAUGAGAUUUGUCAACCACAAGCACAUCAUAAUCCCUACGCAUACCAGAAUCAUCGUAGUUCUUCCGAUCUCGGAGACGGAGACAGGACCUCGGACAAUCGUAAUCCAUACAAUCCCACUCCACCACAAUCAAUCCGAUCCGAGUCUGUCCCCGGUGUGGCGGGACCUCGUGUGGCGGAGUCCAGUCGCACAAACUCGAUCAUGUGCGAAUCGUUGUACGAUUAUCCACCCUCGUUAUCCCCGUACCCUUGUCCUACUUUUAAUCCGGAAACAGAAGCCAUUGGGCGCGUUAAAGCUCGUGCCUCAUCUUUGCUCCCUCCCACACGAAAACGGGUUCCUCGACCUGCAUCGAUCGACCCGUUUCUGUUACUUGCUCCAGGCAGUCGUGCAACCAAACCGCCUCCGAGACCAGAUCCUUCCGAUUCCGGAUACCAGUUGACCUCACGGGGGCAUAAUCAUUCGACCGAUCGAUGUGGUCAACCAUCUGUGUUUACCGAUCGUGAAUUAGGUCCCAGUAACGGGAACAGCACUGUCAAAAACACACCAACUACCGUGCCUGUAUUUAAUUUCAAACCAUCCUCGUCAGUUGCUUCGGAAGAACAAACAUGCACACUGAGUAGUCCACUACUUCAUCCUAUCUAUCCGAAUUUUGGUAGACCCCAGAGCGGAGACAGUUCUUCGGCGAUUUGUCAGGUAGGUAAUUGA